CUCUGGGCGACGCUACGUUAGAUGUGAUGUUUCCUUCUAGGUGAGCCUGUGGGGACAAAAACAUUUACUGAUUUGUAACAAGCAGAUACAAAAUUUUUGCCAUUCAUAAACUCUGUUGUUUUACACGUUUAGCCCUUUGUUCGUGGCCGGUGAUGAACAGGGGUAUGAUGUGCUUGUCAUUUUGCAGAAGGUUGAAAGAUCUGAUUACACAUUGGAAAAUUGCGCUCCCAGGGAUUUUGACCCUAAUGGCCACCCUUUGAUAAGGUCUUACUCGAACACAAAAAUAGAGCUUGCUUGCUAAGAUUUAGGUAUGUAUUGCCACCCCCUGACAAGGAAAAAUACACAUUGUCACUUAAGUAGGAUGCACUACGGUGUGACUACCUUGUACUGACAUCAGUAGCGGUGAGUACAUCAUGUUGUUUGUUGUCCAAUGCAAUGUGGAGACAGUUUGAAAGACAACCGUAAGUUCCACCCCAUGGCUGAGCUCUGGCUAUGGGUCGUGGCCAGACCAGAUAUUCACAUAUAUAAGGCUUGCCACUAAUGUAGUUACCUUUGGUCUGCAGCUAAUUUCUGCUGCAUCUAUAACACUCUAUGUAAAAACAUAUCUCAAAAGCAUUUAAAAUGGGCACAACGAUCAUUUAAAGACCAUGAUCUUGUGGAGAAAGCGCAAGUCUUCUGAGCUUUAAUUUUGAAAUGCAACAGGCUUGGUUUCCGGUGACGCUCCGUGUGACUCCCGCCAGUUUGACGCAGCUGGAGCGGCUCGCGGAGGCACGCGCGCCGCGCGCUUCAGCCAGCGGAAUACAAACAGACCCUUUUCUCCUCCGAGAGGAGAACAAGACUGCCUUGUGGAGCGUCUCAGGCGCAUGUUGGGGUGUCUUCCGCUCGUGCCGCCUGUUGACCACCAUGGGAGCAGAAAGUAACCGACUGGGUUCGGGAGGACGGGCUGGAGGAGCCGCUCACUGACAGUUGUUGUCAUCUGCCUGACAGACAGACCGCCCGGUGAAACGUGACGGACAGGUAACCCGCUGCGCCUCCCAGGUCUAUGGCCUGAAGGAGAACAGGAACGGAGAGCAUGCUGUGAGGUGAGGGCUUCGUUUUUGACUUCACCGUGUAAGCAUGGGAUUGCCCUAGCCGGUGAGAAGACCGGAGGUUAGUGUCUGAGUCUGUCUGCGCUCCGUCCCCUCCGGCGGACAGCGAGGAGACUGGAGACGGGGGGCGGGUUGCGUCGCCUGUUUCGGCGGAGACAUGGCAGCGGCCAUAGCCAGCGGUUUGAUCCGCCAGAAGCGGCAAGCAAGAGAGCAACACGCCCACCGACCGACCGCUCACCGGCGGCGGAAGAGCCCCGGUAAGAAGCAGGGGCUGUGCAACGGGAACCUGGUCGACAUCUUCUCCAAAGUCCGGAUAUUUGGCCUGAAGAAGAGGAGGCUAAGGCGGCAAGAACCGCAGCUGAAGGGCAUCGUGACCAGGUUGUUCUGCAGACAGGGCUUCUAUCUCCAGAUGGGCCAGGAUGGAAAUCUGGACGGGACCAAAGACGACAGCACCAACUCCUCUCUCUUUAACUUAAUUCCUGUGGGUCUGAGAGUCGUGGCCAUCCAAUCAGUCAAGACGGGUCUCUACAUCGCCAUGAACGGAGAGGGUCACCUCUACUCGUCGGAACUGUUUACAGCUGAGUGCAAGUUUAAAGAGUCGGUGUUUGAGAACUACUAUGUAAUCUACAGCUCGAUGCUCUACAGACAGAAGGAGUCGGGUCGGGCCUGGUUUCUGGGCCUCAAUAAAGAGGGACAGGUCAUGAAAGGCAACAGGGUCAAGAAGACCAAACCAGCUGCUCACUUUCUGCCUAAACCUAUAGAAGUUGCAAUGUACCGAGAGCCGUCGUUACACGAUGUAGGGGAGGCGGUGCCUAAACUCGCAGGGGGCCCGCCUUCAAAAAGCACAACCUGCGAGCCUGUGGUCAUGAAUGGUGGCAAGCCAGUCAGCAAACCCAGCAAGGAGGAGACAUAACCCCGCCCUUCAUCUCCACCUCCCACCCCCCCAGCUGACUGGAAGCCAGGAAAAGCCACAGACUUGUACCGCUGCUGCGCUCUCAAAAAACAAAACUGCAACUAAAGGUAAUAAAAGAUAAGCUCUGGUUGGACAGCCUAGGGGUUGAACGCCUCGCCCCGCCCCACCCCGUCUCGCCUCGCCUCGCCUCUCCCUACUGGACAGAGUCGUGGGGCAACGCCAGAGUGACUAAAAUGCAGUUUGUGGCGGCGACAGUAAAAUCAGCCAGACAGAUGCUUCUGAAGUGGGACCCUGGCAUACACCGGUCAGGAGGACUUGGAUAAAUAUACAUAUACAUAAACACUGCAAACAAAAAUCUGAAAAAUACCAUUGUCACUUCUUCUUUUGAGACAAUCUGCUUAUAAUUUUAUGUUGUUGCCAGGUACGUUCGCUCGCCAGUGGCCACAGAUACACGUGCUCCCCAACUUGGCUCAAAAUCGACCACCAGGAUCCGAUCUUUAAGUACGUUAGAAGCAUCCGCACAUGCUCUGCAAAGAGAACGUUUCAAACAAAAAGCCCCUGUGAAUCAGAAGGAGCUUAGUCAUCAAUCAAUUAGGAUGCAGAACAGGUCGUUGCAGCAGAAAGCAGGGGGGAGUGCAUCACAUUCACAGCAAACUCACCACUGACCUGUCCGCUUUUUCAUCUGUCUCGUAAAAAACCCACAAACCUAAAGCACGAACUUUCCUUUGGUGGAUUUACUAGUUUCCUCGUGCACAAACGAGCGCUCCCAGCUCUGGAGAACCCAGUACACCUUAACAAGUACAUCUCCCCCCAGAAUUCCCAAACUGUAGCAACAAGGAGCGGAUGUGAGGGUUUCCGGAGUCCGAACAGCACGGUAGCAGUCAGUGUUUACAUAGAGUAGCAGAGAGGGGCGUGGUGAUUUUAUGCCUUCACGAGUACUUGAAAACAAAGCAGGAAUCAGGGUAUUAGUGGGCGGAGGGCCAUGCCAGCGAUGACCAGGAGCUGUGAGCUAGAAUUGGGACGAACACAUCAGAGUCGUAUUCCCACCAGGAUUUUAUUCAUAUCAACAUUCAGCCAAAGGUUGGGGAUUAUCCUCAGCCGGUUUGGAUAAAGUAGCAUGUAGAAGACAUUUUGAGACUGUUACCACCGCCUCGGUGCGUCGCUUUCUGCUUGAGGUGGACUCUAGCUCAGCUUAGGAAGGAAAGAAAAGGUACAUUUUAGCACAAGUCACUUUUUGGAUCUUUUCUCCCCAUUUUUAAACAUUCUUAUGGAAUCAUUUCAUCUUUGGCCCAAUACAGAUGGUCUAUGAGCUCUUUUGAGAAGUAGAAGCAAAUACUUGAUGAUGAAAUGGAGACGUGAUUUUCAUAGUUUUUGCACCUCUAAUUGGGUCCAUUUUCUUUUUGUUGCCUGUUCUCACCUUCCACACUUGGACUGACGUUCCACACAUCAGGUUCCUUACAUAAAAAUGCUGAUUCAUCCACUUUUUUCCUCCUUGUUGCCCCCAUAAAUGGUGAAGUUCUUCUUCUAUGUGCCUUUGUGGUGGUAGUGUGGUCAUUCGUUCACGUAGACGGUCCGGUUGUGCACGUUAGACACAAAACAUCUAUUUAAAAAAGUGAUGAGUCAUGUUUUUCCUCAUUGUCAACAGUUAAUUUCGUGAACGUACAAGCUAAACUUACUGUCAGAGUCCGGUUCUUGUUCUGUACGUUGAUUUAAUAGUCUAAGCUUGUAUCGGCACAGCAGGACGGCUUUAAAUCAGUCCGCACAAUGGACUCGGAGUUCUCUAGUCAACGAGAGCGGAGAAAACCACCCGAACCAAUAAGAGCACACGUCAGCUCCAGUAUUAAUCAAAAACAUGGGUUUGUUUACACCAUGAAGUCCUUAAAUACAAAUUGAAAACACGAAACCACCCUCUCACUGUGACAGCCAACAUGGCACUAAUUUGUGUGUUUACUAACUUGUCCUUGACCGAAAGACUAGACACCAAUCGCUUCAAGUCCCAAGCUAGUGGUCAGAUGUGUCAAUACUGUGAUCCCACUCUUCAGAUUAGUGACAACGAUGCAAAUCGUCUGUAAGGUGGAAGGUAAAAGAGCCUUGAAUCCCAACUUUGGACCCCCCCCCCCCCCCGUGCAUUAAUGGGAUGAUUGGAGCACCGUCCUGUUUCGCUCAAGAUUGAUGACCUCCGCCAGUGUUGUCGCAGCUACAAAGGAAACAGGAGACAAAGCAGCCUCCUGGCAGAAAUCAAGGCUGCGUGAUUCACCCUCACAUCAAACGAAACCGCCGCAGCCUCGGCUGCAGGUCUGCAUCUGUUUAGCAGGUGAGCCGUGUGCCGCUGCACGCCAGUGUCGAGCCUCUGAUUCGUAAGGAGGACGUUACAGACCUCACAGUGUUUCUAAUUGACAUUUCUGAGAUUUUUCUCACAUACAGCACAUUUCUCACUUCUUCUCUGAUCUUAUUAGUCUUAUCUGGCACUCGCUGACCAGAACAUUUCAUUACACGAGCUACUCUGACUCUGUGCACAGAGGUUUAUCGUUUCAGCCUUUAAACGAUGGAGUUUUAAAAGAUCUUUCAUUAUUUUUAGUGCUGUGAAAAUGCUUUUGCCCACUUACAGGUUUCUUCUGUUUUGCUUUUUGUCACAUUUAAAUGUUUCAGAUCCGUAAAUAAUGUCUAUCAGACUGAGAACCUCAGUAAAUACAAAAUGCAGUUAUGGUGUCCUGAAGGAGCAGCGCAGCCCCAGACCAUCACACUGCCACCACCAUGAUUGUCUGUUGCUAUGAUGUUGUUUUAGUGUUAGUUUGGCUUCAGGUAGAACCGGAUGCAUACCUUGGGGAUCAUCAAAAGGUGUUUGGUAAAUGUUAGGCAGGUCUCGGUUUUCCUUUUGUCCUCAGAACUCUCUCUCGUAGAUGGCACUCCCCCUACUGACCUCGAUAUUUGUCAUGACCUCUGACCUUAAAGCAGCAAUUGUGAGCUGUCCCCAUUUCAGGAAUAUGUUCGAUUUUGUUUUUUAGAAAUCCUUUAAUGAACAGAUUUCAUCCUCAGCCCACUGGGGGGUGUCAGUUUUACUCCUUGAUGUAGUUACCGUUUAUACUCAGUAAGCCCAUGAGAUUGCCAAGUCUGCACCAAAUUAACACCGCAGCGCCAGCAUUUGUAUUUCAACGCUCAAAAAGCUCCAAAGCUGUUUAAAGAACUGAAGCCAGUAAACAGGAGCAACCCAGAAGUUGUUUCUUGUACCCCUAAGAAGCCACAACAUCUUUUGUUUUACUGUAAUAUCAGGUAAAGCAGGCUAGAAGCUAAUAUUUAGCUAACAAUGCUAACGGUGAAUUCUCAAGCUACUUUUUUUAGUUACCAACAGCUCAAUAUUACAGUGAAAUGUGAGUGACGUGAAUAACGACUCAAUGGUGGCGUUUUACUUCCUUUGAUGAGUCGUUUAGGAUUAUAACGGCACGCUAACAGCAUAUGACAAUGUAUUUAUCUACUUGUCAUCUUACUGUGUAUGACUCGUCUUCGCUCGUCAUCUAGAAUCUUCUGGUGCUGAUCCGUAACUGGCCACAGCCACAAAGCUAAAAGAACGGUAGUGAGAAUAGUUUUUCUUCUGCAGCACCCAAAUUUGACCACAGGAUGUCAUUCUUACUAAAUUCUCACUUAUUGCACCUUUAAAUUUCAUUAGAACCGGGCUAGAUGUAUUGCUUUUUGAGAUCUUUUAGCCUAAGCCCUGCUGCUAGAUUCUCCUGAAGUGAUUCCUUGGUUUUACAGGUAUGGUAGUAAUCUGGUGUGGGCUUGGGUAGUGGAACUGAGUCCAGCUCACUAAAUAAUCUGGUUAUUCUCAUCCUUCAUGAUUUUAACAAAGGGGCGGAUAUUUUAUUUUAUUUUGGACCAAACUGGUUUGAAUGGCCUUUUUCUUUUAAAUAAAUGAAAACCUAAAGUAAAAACUGCAUUUUGUAGGAACUCGGGUUAUUGUCUCGAAAUUGAAAUUUGUUUGUUCGUCUAAAACAUUUAAGUGUAAAAAAAAAUAAUAGCAAAAGGAGGAAUCAGUGAGGGGCAAUCUGUCUUCACAUCACUGUAACCGCAAUGUUGGUGCCGAGAUCAAACCAGAACGGUGCUUUUUGUGUCUGUUCACGAGAAAAUAAAGAAAUAAUGAAGCUCUGAGUGCCUCGCUCUGGGUCAGGAUUUAA